AUGGGGAAUUUUUCUAUGCAGCCAUUCGAGAUAGGCUCGCCGGCCGGAGGUGCCUCUGCUUUCGUUGGGUACAACGGGCGCGAGCGCCGCGCGGGGGAAGGGGACCCUCAACGACGGCCUGGAAGGCUGCGCCAUGGCCGGAGGGAGGAGCGACCGCGGCGCGCGCGCUUCAGCCAGCGCCGGCCAGAGGCCGCCAUCAUGCCUUCUGCAAGUGAGGCCUUGGUCGCAGGCGCUGCGUCAGAUGCGGCCGCGCCGUCACGGCCAAUCGCGCUCACGCAGUCUGCAGCCGUAGCGCGGACGGAGAGGGCCGACGUGCUUCUUGCCGGCCGUAGGCCGCUCGUGCCGUUCAAAAUCGACAGCGUCGAUCCAUUAAGAGGUUGCGAACAUUGUCCUGAUUCCAUGCCCACAUGCUCGGAUGAAGCAAUUCUCAACGGCGGUUGCCGGUUGACUCGUCACAUCGUGUAGUGACGCCGGCCGCUCGGAAGCCACGCCGCCGGGGCAAGCCAAGGCCGCUUGCCGUUGUUGUUCGAGGGCCGUAGUCGGGGAGGCACCGGGUUCCGCGGGCAGGCGUUUCAGGCGUACAUAACCGCUGCCUGGGAUGGCCUAUUUCUCUCGUCGGAGAGCAAAGGGCUGAUAACGUGUUGAGAGGAAAAAUGAAUCAACUCUCUUCUUUACUAGAUGGCAUCUGCUAUUUAUACAAGGGAAAUGACACCAUUGGAAAAGGUGUCUGUUCA